ACAGAUGAACCGGAGCUGCUGCAUGUGUGUCCGAGCAGAAAGCAGAUCUCAGACCUGUAGCUGAGGGUGAACCUCUGAGAAGCGGAUGAAGAAACAAAUAAUUCUACACUUCACAUACCGAGGACUAGUCAGCAAAGGAAAAAAGAGCAAGAGAAGAAGAAGAAAAUGGCCAGUUAUAUAUUACGGAAAGCCGAACCCAAGGACGUGUCUGACAUACUGCGACUCAUAAAGGAAUUGGCGAAAUUUGAGGAAAUGGAGGACCAAGUUAUUCUCACUGAAAAAGAUCUGCUGGAGGACGGUUUUGGAGAUCAUCCUUUCUAUCACUGUAUGGUGGCUGAAGUGGCCAAACAGCAUCAGAGCGCCGACGGUCAUGUGAUCGUUGGCUUUGCCAUGUAUUAUUUCACCUAUGACCCCUGGAUUGGGAAACUGCUCUACCUGGAAGAUUUCUACGUCAUGAAGGAGUAUCGGGGUUUCGGGAUUGGGUCUGAAAUCCUGAAGAAACUCAGUCAGACGGCGGUGAGGACGCGCUGCAGUAGUAUGCACUUCAUAGUGGCAGAGUGGAACACCACCUCCAUUGAGUUCUACAAGCGGCGAGGAGCGUCCGACCUCUCGCACGAGGAGGGAUGGAGACUCUUCAAGAUCGACAAACAGAGUCUCCUCAAGAUGACCAGCGAGGAGUGAAGCGCUCUGGAGGACCACCUGCUGUUCAGUUUAGUGGACACAACUUUAAAAGUCAUGGUGCAUCUAAACACAUGCUGCGUCCCAAUUCGCAUUCUAUCCAUCCUAUAUAGGAAUGUUCCAAAAAAAAAA